AUGUCCGUGAAUGACGAGUUUCUUUCCCUUGAGAAAAUGAGUAUUGCCGAGCUGGUCGAUGCACUGGAUGUGUUAAGUAUAGACGAUGGUACUAAUGAUGAUGACAAUGAUGGAGUUAUCGACAUUGAGAUACCUGAUGAUUUGCUCAUACAAUCAUCAGGUAACCAUUUAGCAUCUAUUGCUGAAAAAACUUGCCUAAAUUUGCUCGCUAAUAUCAUGGAUUCUGAAUACUUACAACAGCGGGCUAUAUUGGCACCUACUAAUGAAAUUGUUGAGAAAGUGAACGAUUACAUGUUGUCUUUAGUUCCGGAAGAGGAAAGAGUCUGUCUUAGUUUAGAUAGUCCAUGUACGGCGAAUGAGAGUGUUGAGUCACAUCAUGACAUUCAUACUAUAGAGUUUUUGAAUCCUAUUACAUCUUUAGGUCUGCCAAAUCAUGAAUUAAAGUUGAAAAGAGGCUCUAAUGUCGGACAAAAGGUCUUCAUUCCAAGAUUGUCGUUAAGACCGUCAGAUAGUCCGUUUCACUUUUAG